ACAAACUUUAUUUAAAGGGUGGUUUUUAAACACAGAAGAUCAGCGAUAACGCGCCUUCCACGCUUAUGCAUUUCAACCCUUUUAUUAGUGGUAUUUUAAAGGUAUGCAUUUGAUUCUGAUGAUAAGGCGAAUGUUUCUAUCCAGCAAACUUAUCAAAACGUGUACCGUUUAAUGGGUGAGUUUAAAUAGUUCGAUACUAUUUGGGCGUUAAACCAAAGUAGCACAUGUGCAGAAAGAAAGCAAGUAUUCUGUAUAGUAUAACAUUUUUAAAAGGUGUUAAGGAGGCAAUAUUAACAGACGGAACUAUGCCGUGUUGUGGCACUCCGGUUGUAUUAUGAUGUAACACCUACUGUCGGAUGUGAUUUGAGAGAAAUUCAACAAAGCAGUUCCUAGUUAGGAGAGUAAGAUCUGUUUUCUUUUCAACAAAGACUAACGUGGUUUUAUAUUUUAGGUUACAAUAAUGUCUCCGGGAGGUUUGUGACUUAAUAUUAUUAGUUCAGAGUCGUGUAGAAAGCUAACAGAGCGUUAUUUGGCUAGCCGUUAGCUAACCAACCACUCUGUGCGUCUGUAAAAUCGCUCCUUCCAACUACACUGACCGCGUCGCGGUUUUAGUUGUAUUUCAAACAUGACGGGUUUGGGCAGCAGGCUGUUCUGCAAGGUCGGCAAGCUUUGUGAACACAUCCCUGUGCUUCUCAACACCUUCCUGGUGUUCUCCAUAACCGGGGAGGUGAGCUACCUGGUGCUGGUGGAGGCUCCGCUGGAGGCGGAGCAAAAGAAGACGGUGUGGUCCACCUGGUGGAAAGCGCUGCACCUGCUGAGCCAGUACUUCAUGUUGGGGAACAUCUGCUGGAACGCCUUUCUCUUCCUGAAAACCAGCCCCAGCAUCAAGGGAGUGUUUCUAGGAGGAGAUGGCCUUGGGCAGGGCUGGAGGUACUGUUACACUUGCGAGACACACACCCCUCCACGUUGCUCCCACUGCUACGACUGCAAGGUGUGCGUUCUGCGGCGGGAUCACCACUGCGUCUUCUUUGGCCAGUGUGUCGGCUUCCGCAACUACCGCUACUUCCUGAGCUGCUUGCUGUUCAUGUGGUCGGGGCUGCUGUACGCCAUGAUGAUGAAUGCUGAGGUCUUCAUAGUCAUACUGAAGGAGGGCGUGACUCUGCACAGCAUCCUGCUGCUGCUCAUACCCUGGAUCAUGCUUGUUUCAGGCCAGGUUUCAGCGCGGGCCUUCGCCUUUGCCUUCAUCGCUGACACGUGCGUCGUGGGUUUUCUGCUCGUCUCCGCCUUCUUCUUCUUCCACCUCUUCUUGAUGUUUCGAGGUCAGACCACCAGGGAGUGGUACUCUUCUCGCCGCCCCUAUAGCUUGGGUCUCCUUGGCAACCUGCACCACAUGCUGGGCCUUCGCUGGUACAUCUGUUGGCUCUCCCCACUCAUCCCAUCACCGCUCCCUGGAGACGGGAUAAACUUCCAGGUUACAGGAUCGCUGGAACCCUCCCAAUAACAUGCAGAGGUCUGAACGGACCCUAAAGCUUUACUUUAGUGGUGGUGGUUAAUGCUGACAAGAGCUGCAGCAGGAAAAUUACCUCAUUUUAAGAGGAGGUAGCUUUGGAUGGGAUGACGGUUAGAUACUUGGUGGUUCUUUUGUCAUUUUGAAGUUAUUUGUCAGCCUUUUAGCUGUGUUGAGGAGGGAAAUCAGGGGUGAUUCUGAAGAUAAUUUUUGCACUGGUUAGGGCUAACCUCAUAAAAUUAUUUAGUUCUUUACAACACUGAGCACUGAACAUAUGUUUAAAAUGGUACUGAAAUAAGAAUGUAAUGUAUCAGUCAUUAACAGUAAAUGUAGACUAAUAAAUCUUUGUUAAUAGACAUAUUCAGCACUCACGAAUGUGGCGAUGUAGCUAAAUUAUGGGGUUAUUUUUCCUAAAAACCUAAGCUGCCUGAAUCAGAGUCUUACUCAGAUUUGUUUUGCACUUUUCCUGAUUAAACUACAGGAUCUUUUUAAUCAACUUCUGAGCAGCUGCUGAGUGUAUCACAGACCCUCAGUGGGGGCUAUUUCAAGUUCAACAAAAAUGUAUUUACUAGAGAUGCACAGAGGAAUAGGCUGUCGAUCAGAAUAGGAUGAUUUUUAGCUUAAUCAACCUCACAAGUGAUCAGGAACUGAAACAUUUGACUUAUUCUGAUCUGCACCAGGCUGCACUGACCACAUCACUCCUCAGUGUGGAGGCUGUUACUAAGUGGAGAAGGUAUUUUCAGUAUCAUUAAGAUGUUUAAAGUCAAAAGUAGAGCGAAACACAGACAUGUAUGAUGUUAUUUAAAAGGAACCCAUUUUGUAUGAGAUGUUUAAACGUAUGAGGUUUAUUUAGGCUGUGAGAGAGAGCAAGACCUGCACCUGAUAUCAGGAAGGCCUAGCAAAGUUGCUCUCUUUUAUUCUUUUCAGCUUUCAGCCUCUGUUUGCCAGGGAACAUGCUGGAUUUAGAAACGUUUGAAAAUCCCAAUUAAGGUUCUGCAUUCUCUAAGGAAUACACACAGAGAUGGAUGUGUUCAGUUAUUAAUAUUAACCACACUAAGUGCUAAUAUAUGAUGAUAACAAUGGUUUUAAUUCUUUGGUGACAAAAACAUGCGGACAGGAUAUCAGGAGGUUUUUUAAAAAUAAGUUAUGAUAGAAGCCCACGCAGUCUUUCUGUGCUAGAAACUACAAAGAAAGCGGAGCCUUUGUGUAAGUUAGCCCACAUCUGUCUCACUUUGCCCUGACCCUGUUUCUAUUAAAUUACAUAUAUAAAGUAGAAUGUAAGCUGCAUUGAACUAAUUCACGUCGUGUAUUAUUUUGCCACAGACCAUAGAUAUGUUUACAAGAACUCCUCUCUCACAAACAAUCAGAUGUCAACUCUGCUUUUAAUAUAAAAAAAGCAUUGACCAGUCACUGUAGGAUGGCUUUAAGAAAUCUUUUGCAUAUUUUUAAUUAUGGCUUUUAAAGAGAUCAGAAUUGGCUAAAAUUGUUAUCGGCAGGUUGGAGUUGGAUCAGAAAUCAGCUGCAAACCUCCAUUUGGGGCAUCUCUGGUUUUCACAUUUAUUCACAUCUCUCAGAAACAGUACAUAGUGUACAUCUCAUGUUUUAGUUUACAGACUGAUGUAAUGUAAAGUCAUCUGACAAAUCCAGUAUUUAAAAUGAUUUUAUGAUGGUGA